GCAGAUGUCCUUGGAUUGGCUGGAAAAGCGGUUCUGGGCCAUCGCCAAGCAGCCCAACGACACAGAUUGUUCAGACAUUGAAGGUGUGUGUCCUCUCAGCUGUGACAGUGCCGAUCUGAGCUGUUACCUGGUCGACAACAAUGGCUUUGUCGUGCUGUCCAAAGAGAGGAGAGAGAUUGGUCGCUUCUUUGGCGAGGUAGACGGGUCCAUCAUGGCUUCGUUGCUCAAGAUGGGAAUGUUUAAAAAAGUGUCGUUGUUCGACUACCAGGCAAUGUGCAAGACCGGCCACCAUCACGCCAGCAGCGCGCGACCUCUGCUCAGCCCAUUCUACGUCAUCAUGGCUUUGAUGAGAUGGUUCUUCUCCAACGCGCUGAUGUUCCUGCUGGACUUUAACCUCUGUGGUCUCUGGCACUCUGAUUAUUUUGUGGAUGGUAAGCUCAGACUGACCUGACUGGUCAAGUUCUCUGACAGUGCACUUAAUCACCAUCAAAUCUGGGAAGUCUUUGCAUCUUGGGAAGUUAAAUCUUAUGAGGAGCGCUGGUUUGGGAUUGCCUCUUUUUUCGGGUCAUUAGUGGAGCUGCAUGUUUUAGCAUAUUGGUUUUCAGUCCCACAGGUCGAUGCUUGCUCAGGACAUUACAGUAGAGAUCAGUCUGAUUACAGCGGCUCUAACACGGCACAACCCCGUGAAGGGGAACAAC